UUUGAGAUAUAUAAAGUGAGCAUAUAUCCGUGUUAUAAUCGUUUUUAUCAUCACUCACAACAUCAGCAUCUCCAAAGCAAUCGAACACUUCUUAUCCAUCGUACUGCUUGCUCAAAACAAUACAUCCAACGCAAAGUCUAUCUAUCAACCCAACCUCAUCAACUCCACCACCGACCCCACAACAAUCAACUAUCUCUACUAGAAAAUGCUGUCCCCAACCUACCUCACCAUCCUCCUCGCUACCCUAACCACCACCACCCUCGCCGCCCCAACAAUUUCCACCAACAUCAAACCCCCCAUCACCCCAAACCCUAAACCCACCACAAAGCCCUCCACCUCGCCAUCCUCCCCGCCCAAAAACCACCCCCGCGGCCAAGGCGAAGCGCACUACGUGCGCAACUGGGACGAAGGCGGCCGCAAGCGCUACGAAUACGACUUCAAAGGCGUCUCAUGCAACGACAUCGACAUUGCCGUAGUCACCGCUGGCGGGAUCCCGGGCCCCGCGGGCAUGAAUUUCCAGUGCGGGUGGAAGGGUACCCGCGAGGGGUUUUUGCAGUUCGAUGUUAGUGUUGUUGAGGGCGUUGCUGGGGCUGCUGUUGUUAGUAAUGGGGUUGGAGCCGCGACGGGGCAGAGUUGUGGGGAUAGUGGGUUUUGUCCUUGA